AUGUCUGGCAGUCGAGCACUGAAUUUCAAACACAGAUUCAACCACAAAGACCAUGGAGCUUUUCCAGUGCAUGGAAAAGAAGAGCACCUAUUGACCCGCAUGCUCACACCCCCAUCCUUUGCCCAGACCCGCAUGCUCACACCCCCAUCCUUUGCCCAGACCCUCAUGCUCACACCCCCAUCCUUUGUCCAGACCCGCAUGCUCACAUCCCCCAGACCCGCACCCUCAUGCUCACCCCCAUCCUUUGCCCAGACCCUCAUGCUCACACCCCCAUCCUUUAGACCCAGACCCCCCAUCCUUUGCCCAGACCCGCGUGCUCACACCCCCAUCCUUUGCCCAGACCCUCAUGCCCACACCCCAUCCUUUACCCAGACCCUCAUGCUCACACCCCCAUCCUUUACCCAGACCCUCAUGCCCACACCCCCAUCCUUUACCCAGACCCUCAUGCUCACACCCCCAUCCUUUACCCAGACCCUCAUGCUCACACCCCCAUCCUUUACCCAGACCCGCAUGCCCACACCCCCAUCCUUUACCCAGACCCUCAUGCUCAUCCUUUACCCAGACCCAUGCACCCCCAUCCUUUACCCAGACCCUCAUGCUCACACCCCCAUCCUUUACCCAGACCCUCAUGCUCACACCCCCAUCCUUUACCCAGACCCGCAUGCCCACACCCCCAUCCUUUACCCAGACCCUCAUGCUCACACCCCCAUCCUUUACCCAGACCCUCAUACCCUCAUGCACACCCCCAUCCUUUACCCAGACCCAUGCAUGCUCACACCCCCAUCCUUUACCCAGACCCGCAUGCCCACACCCCCAUCCUUUACCCAGACCCGCAUGCCCACACCCCCAUCCUUUACCCAGACCCUCAUGCUCACACCCCCAUCCUUUACCCAGACCCUCAUGCUCACACCUCCAUACUUUGUGAUUGCAUUGUUGUUUGCCACUUGGCCUUAA